GAACUCUCAGUUCUGGACCCCAGGGCAGGCGCAGGAGCAGUGGGCUGUGAUAUCCAGGGCUGGCCAGCCCUUUCUGCACCAUGAAAGGGCCCACCACCGUGUUGCUGCUUCUCUCCUUUGCACUUUGCUGGUCUUUUGGGAUGGCUUCAGACAACGAAUUUUUCCUGGAGUUUCUCCAGACACUGCUGGUCGGGUCCCUGGACGACCUCUUUGAGGGGCCACUAGCCUCCUACAAGAUCAAUCCCGAUGCCAAGGCUGCCAUGGCUGAGCUGAAAUCAUGCAUCGAUAGUCUAGCUCCCGUGCACAAGGCUGAACUGGUCAAACUGCUGGUGGUUGUACUGGACAGUCGUGGGGGUGAUGCCUAGAGGUCGAGCACUCCAAGCCAGCAACAAAAGGCCUCUGCUCUGCCCUGCCCCUGUCCUCAUGGCUGUUCCCGGAUUCUCUCCUCAUCAGACUCUCCCCCCU